GGUACCAAACUGCAACUGAACUGAAAUACGAGGUUGUUUACAGUAACUUGGCGAUAAUUUUGUCCUUUCAACGGUUCAACCAAACUGAAAGCUAUCUCUCCACCCAAACUGAAGUCUUUCAGCUUCUUGAGUAUUCUCUGUGUCUAUUCUUUGGUUGCUUCUGAUGUUUAUGGGGUAGCUUGAGUUAGGAUGGCUUCCUUCAUUCCCAUGAAUGUUGCAUGUCCAUUUGCCAUUUCAUGCUCUAGUAACAAGAUUCAAGGCACUGAUGAAUAUAAACUACAAUCAAGGAGCUCAGGUAUUUUGUCAUCUAAAGAAGAAGCAACUCGUCGCCAGCUUCUUGCAGUAGGUCUUGCCAGUCCUUUGGUUACACUCGUAACAUUCAACUGCGGCUCAACGGUGCUACCAGCUUGGGCAGAGGAUCAAGAGAUUCAAGACAAGGAUGAAAGUGUGGUUGGAGCUAUUAAGUCCUUGUUUGAUCCAAAUGAGACAACAAAGUCAGGAAAAGUCUUACCAAAGGCUUACUUGAACUCAGCAAGAGAGGUGGUGAAGACACUGCGUGAAUCCGUAAAGGAAGACCCAAACGACAUGUCUAAGUUUAGACGAACGGCUGAUGCAGCAAAGGAAUCCAUCAGGGAAUACCUUGGUGGAUGGAGAGGAGAAAAGUCAGUAGUCAAUGAGGUGUCAUAUGUUAUGCUAGAGAAAGCUAUUAGAUCUUUGGCCAGCUUUUAUUCGAAGGCAGGGCCAUCUGCUGCACUUCCAGAAGAGAUAAAGUUGGAGAUCCUAGAUGAUCUGAAUAAAGCGGAAGAAGGAUUGUAACAUGGGGUAGAAAGUCACAAGCAAGCAGUGGAAAAGUCGAAGCGCACGCAAAUUGGUCCGGAUACAAUUGUUAUAGAAAGAAAUUAAAGAAUUAUAACAUGUUUCUUGAUAUACAUAGUAAGAGAGGCUAAUGUAUUAUAUUAUCCUAUGUUGCAUUGUUCAUGAUUGAGUUCUCUUUUUUCAUCUUUGGGUCAAAUGAGAGUACAUGCUCAAUUAGAUCUAAGUCUACUGAUAAAGAUAAAUUUUUAUCAAA